AAGAUGGCGGACGGGGACAGUGGAAGUGAGCGCGGAGGAAGCAGCGGCGGUGGCGGCGGAGGAGGAGGAGGGGGUGGCGGCGGAGGUGGUAGCGGUGGCGGCGGCGGCGGCGGCUUCGGGCAUUACCAGCGGGAGCCCGAGACGCAGGAGCUGGCUUCGAAGCGGCUGGACAUUCAAAACAAACGCUUCUACCUUGACGUGAAGCAAAACGCCAAAGGCCGGUUCAUUAAAAUCGCCGAGGUCGGCGCCGGGGGCUCCAAGAGUCGGCUGACGCUGUCCAUGUCGGUGGCGGCCGAGUUCCGCGACUACCUCGGGGAUUUCAUCGAGCACUACGCCCAGCUGGGGCCUAGCACUCCGGAGCAGAUCGCCCAGUCGGCGGGCGGCGAUGACAGCGGGCCUCGGCGGGCUUUGAAGAGCGAGUUCUUGGUGAGAGAGAAUCGCAAAUACUACCUCGACCUAAAGGAGAACCAGCGGGGUCGCUUCCUCCGCAUCCGCCAGACGGUCAACCGAGGCCCGGGCUUCUCGGUCGGCGCGGGGGGCAUCCCCGGCAUGCAGGCCGGCCAGACCAUCGCCUUGCCGGCCCAGGGCUUGAUAGAGUUCCGCGACGCCUUGGCCAAGUUGAUCGACGACUACGGCGGCGACGACGACGAGCUGACCGCCGGCGUCGGCGCGGGAGGGGCGGUGGGCUACGGCGACCUCCCGGAGGGCACCUCCAUCAUGGUGGACUCCAAGCGUUUCUUCUUCGACGUGGGCUCCAACAAGUACGGCGUGUUCUUGCGGGUGAGCGAGGUGAAGCCCAGCUACAGGAACUCAAUCACGAUACCCUUCAAGGCCUGGGCCAAGUUCGGCGGAGCGUUCAGCCGCUACGCCGAGGAGAUGAAGGAGAUCCAGGAGCGCCACCGGGACAAGGGCUUCGAGCGCCGGGCCCCGGCGGAGGAGUCCGAGGGCGACGACGUGGACGACGAUUGA